AUGGUCAUCCUUCGGCAGGGCGACCAUGUCUUCCUGGACGUGGAGAAUCCCGGGGAGUUUGCGGUCCCCAUCGGAGCCGUCGUCAAACUCUCCGACUCCGGCAAAGUUCUGCUGCUGGAUGACGAAGGCACCGGCUGUUGUGUGCUUGCUGAUGAGCUAUGUGUUGUGGAAGCCGGGCAGUAUGCCGAUCGGCUGUUUGCACGAGACCAGUCGCACCCGCGCCAUUUCGGCACCAAAGCCGGCGUCACCCUUGAGCACUGGGUGACUCCGGCCAACGAGGGCCUCAUCCGGCUGAUGCACCCGACGUCGGUGACGGGCGUGGAGGACAUGAUCCGCCUGGGGGACCUGCACGAGGCGGGAAUCCUCCGCAACCUGUUCACGCGAUACCAGGAGGACCUCAUAUACACGUACACGGGCUCCAUCCUGGUCGCCGUGAACCCCUACAAGACGCUGAACGUCUACUCGCCCGAGGCGAUCCAGCAGUAUCGUGGGCGCAAGGUGGGCGAGCUGCCGCCCCACAUCUUCGCCCUCGCCGACAACGCCCACUUCAACAUGCGGCGUAACGAGCGUAACCAGUGCUGCAUUAUCAGCGGGGAGUCCGGCGCUGGCAAGACGGAGAGCACCAAGCUCAUCCUGCAGUUCCUGGCGGCCGUGAGCGGUCAGCACUCCUGGGUGGAGCAGCAGAUCCUGGAGGCGAACCCAAUCCUCGAAGCCUUCGGCAACGCCAAGACGAUCCGGAACGACAACUCGAGCCGCUUCGGGAAGUACGUGGAAAUUCACUUCAACGAGAAGAGCGUCAUCGAGGGAGCACGCAUCGAGCAGUACCUCCUGGAGAAGACGCGCGUGUGUGGACAGGCCGAGCAGGAGCGCAACUACCACGUCUUCUACUGCCUACUGCUCGGCUCGAGCGACGAGCAAAAGAAGAGACUGGGACUCGGAAAGCCGGCGGACUACGCCUUCCUCACCACGCACAAGGAGCUCCCCUUCCCGUGGGUGGGCGUCGAGGAGCAGGAGCCGCACACCCUGGCGCUGUCCACCAGGAGGCGGCAACGUGCCAACACCGUCGCCGCGGUGUUCCCACGCUCGCCGCCGCAGGGCAACUGCACGCGCUGCGACGGACGCGACGACCUCAAGGACUUCGCGAGUAUCCGCUCCGCGAUGAAGGUGCUCGCCUUCUCCGAGACUGAGUACCUGGGCAUCUCCAAGAUGCUGGCGAGCAUCCUGCACCUGGGGAACCUCAAGCUUCAAGGCACUGUGAGCAGCAACAUUGAGUGCUGCGAAAUUCUCGCCAACGACCACCUGACCUGGGCCUCCAAGCUUCUCGAGGUGGAUGAGGCCGAGGUUCAAGAGUGCCUCACCAAGAAGGUGAUGCUGAUGCGUGGGGAGACGGUGACGACGCUGCUCAGCAUGGCACAGACUCAGGAGGUCCGGAACGCCUUCGUGAAGGCGAUCUACGGCAGGAUGUUCGUGUGGAUCGUGGACAAGAUGAACUCCAUCGUGUACAAGCCGCCCUCUCGCGGCAGCGAGCAGCAGAAAGAGCGGCGCUCCAUCGGCCUCCUCGACAUCUUCGGCUUCGAGAACUUCCAGACGAACAGCUUCGAGCAGUUCUGCAUCAACCUGGCCAACGAGGCGCUGCAGCAGUUCUUCGUGGGCCACAUCUUCAAGCUGGAGCAGGAGGAGUACGAGCGAGAGUCCAUCUCGUGGAAGAACAUCACCUUCACGGACAACCAGGAGGCCCUCGACAUGAUCUCCAGCCGCCCGCUCAACCUCAUCGCGCUCAUCGACGAGGAGAGCAAAUUCCCGCAGGGCACGGACGCCACAAUGCUCGCGAAGUUGACGGCUCAACACAAGAAGAACGCCCACUUCAUCCCCCCCCGGAGCAACCACAGCACGCGCUUCGGGAUCUCGCACUUCGCCGGGGACGUCUUCUACGAGAGCACGGGGUUCCUGGAGAAGAACCGCGACUCCCUGAUCCCCGACAUCCUCGCUCUGGUGCAGUCCUCGAAGAACUCCUUCCUCACGCGCAUCUUCGCCGGCGACCUCAACACCGUGGUGCACGGCACCCUGACGCACCGGCGCCCCACCACGCUCAGCGGGCAGUUCCGCAAGUCCCUGGAGGAGCUAAUGAAGGCGCUGGGCUUGUGCCAGCCGUGGUUCAUCCGCUGCAUCAAACCCAACGACGCCAAGAAGCCCCAGCUCUUCGACCGGGAGUUGUUCGUGCGCCAGCUGCGCUACUCGGGGAUGAUGGAGACGAUCCGCAUCCGGAGGUCGGGAUACCCCAUCCGGUACACCUUUGCCGAGUUUGUGGAGCGCUAUCGCUUCACGCUGCCCGGCUUCCAGCCCAAAGAGGCCCAGGCGAACCCAAUGGGAACGUGCAGGAAGAUUCUCGGGGCCACGCUGGGGAAGGACGAGGACUUCCAGAUCGGAAAACACAAGGUCUUCCUCAAGGACAAUCACGACAUGGUGCUAGAGCUGUCUCGGGAUAAGAGCAUCAAUGACAAGGUCACCAAGAUCCAGGGCGUGAUGCGCGUCUACGUCGCACGGAAACGCUUCCUGAAGAUGAGGGCGGCGGCCGUCAUGAUCCAGAAGCACUGGCGCGGUUACUCGGAGCGCCGAUUCUACCUCACGGGAAGAGCAUGGUGGCCUGUCAACGGCCUGCUCCACUUACUCUUCCUGACACCCGACCGGGGAAUUGAACCCCGUGAGUUCCUCCGUGCGCUCCAACCGAGCCCCGUUGCGCCGCGUCUCCCUCCUCCCGCUCAGAUCAAGCUGGGCCUGGCCCGGCUGCAAGCGGUGAUGCAGAGCCGCAAGCUGGUGCUGCAGUUCUCCCGCACGCGCCGCGCCGCCAUCGUCAUCCAGGCUCACGCGCGCGGCGUCAUCGCGCGCCGGCGCUACCGGCUCCGUAAAACCCAGGGUCUGCCCAUGGUCCAGGAGGAUGUCAAGGAGGACAUGGACCUGGACAGGAACGAAGACAAAAUGCUGGACGAGAUCUUCGGCUUCUUGGGACUCACCGCCAUGGAGGAUAUGGACCACGCCGGCAUGGACAUGACGACGGACCUGGAUGAGGACCUGGGGCCGCGUGGCGACGACGACGUCGACGUCGAGGAGGAGGAGGAGGAGGAGAAGCGACGCCGCGGCGAGCUGCGGGACUACACCUUCGCCAAGUUCGCCGCCGUCAACUUCCAGGGCAGCUCCACGCACACGCACGAGAGGCGCCUGCUGCGGGCGCCGCUGCUCCACCACCAGGACGAGACGGACAGGCGGGCCAGCCUGGCCGUGUGGAGGAUGGUGCUGCGCUUCAUGGGAGAUCUCCCCGAGCCGCAUGCCACGGGGGGUCAGGGGGCGCGUGACCCCAACCGUGACCCCAACCGCGUGUCCAUCAUCCGCGUCAUCUACGAGAGCCUGCAGAACCCGCGCGGAGCGAAGGGCACCGAGUGGCUGGAGGAGGCACCGCUCAACAACCUCCAGAAGGUCCACUUCAUCAUCGGCUAUGCCAUCCUGCGGCCUGCGAUCCGGUACCGCAAGGCUAUACGGGGUGAAUCUUUGUCUUUUGCAUGCGCCAGGGAUGAGAUCUACUGCCAGAUCUGCAAGCAGAUCGGCGACAAUCUGAUCCGCAGCAGCUACGCCCGCGGCUGGAUUCUGCUCUCCCUCUGCCUGGGGUGCUUCCCUCCCUCCGACAACUUCAGCAAGUACCUGAGGAGCUUCCUGAGCGAGGGUCCGCCAGGGUAUGCGCCGUACUGCGACGCGCGCCUCAAGAGGACUCUGGCCAACGGGUGCCGAACCCAGCCCCCCAGCUGGCUCGAGAUGCAGGCCACCAAGUCCCGCCGCACGUCGCCGCUUCCCGUGGGGCUGAUGGACGGCCGCACGGUGCCGCUGAGCGCCGACUCGGCGUGCACGGCGCGCGAGCUCGUGUCGGCUCUCGCCAGCAAGAUCGGCCUGCGGGACCAGUUCGGCUUCUCCCUCUUCAUCUCCUUCCAGAACAAGGUGUCGUCGCUGGGCGGGGGUCGGGAGCACGUGCUGGACGCGGUGUCGCAGUGCGAGCAGCUGAGCCGCGAGCAGGGGGGCGGCGCCGAGCAGGCCGCCCCCUGGCGCCUCAUCUUCCGCAAGGAGCUCUUCGCCCCGUGGCACGACGCCGGCGCCGACGCCGUCGCCACCGACCUCGUCUACCGCCAGGUGGUGCGGGGCCUGCGCUUCGGCGAGUACCGCGCCGACACGGACUCCGAGCUGGUGGAGCUGGUGGCGUGGCGCUGCCUCGUGCAGCACGGCGCCAGCCCCUCUGCGGCGGACGUUGCUCAGGCGGUGGCCGAGACGGUGCCCGAGCGUGCGCUCACCGCCGCCAAACACCGCUCCGUGUGGGCUGCCGAGGUGGAGGGGGCGCUGAGACAGUCUGACUACGCGAAGCAAGGCCUGAGCGCUCUGGCGGUGCAGGAGAAGAUGGUCGACUUUGCGCGCAAAAAGUGGCCCGUCCUCUUCUCCCGCUUCUUCGAGGCCUACAAGGUGUCGGCGGGAAAGGGCGAUGCGACCACGAGCGCCGUGCGGUUGCGAGCUCCGUGCGGACGCGUGCGUGUGUGCUCCCGGUGGCCUGUGGCGGCAGGUCCGAGCGUGCUCAAGAGCGAGCUGAUCGCCGCCGUGAGCUCCGUGGGGCUGCACCUGCUGGACGGGGACGAGCACGUCCUCAUGCUGCUCACCUUCCCCGAGAUCGUCGCCAUCACCACCGCCAGCCGGCGCAAGCUGGCGGGACCCGCCGUGACGCUGUCGACGCUGCGGGGGGACGAGAUGGUGCUGGCCACGCCGGCGGCCGACGAGCUCAACGACCUCCUCGUCUUGCUCCUGCAGGGCCUCAAGAGCCGCUCGCGACACCUCGUGGCGAUGCAGGAGAGCCGCGUCAUCGACGGGGGCGCGGGCGUGCUCGCGUGCCACAGGGGCGACCUCAUCGUGCUGGAGGGCGACAAGACAGCGGGCGAGGCGCUGCCCCAGGCGAGCUGGACGCAGGGCCGCAACGACCGCACGGGGCUCAAGGGCGAGUUCCUGUCGGACAGCGUCUACGUGCUGCCCGUGCUCGAGAAACCCAGCAAGGCCAUCCUGAGCCUUUUUGCAGCAAACCCCGAGGGUCAGCGUCGAGGCUCGACAGUAUCCCAGCAGCCGGAGGAUCGCAACGCCCUCUACACCCUUGAGCAGUUCGCGCAGGACCACUUCAGGCCGCUGCCGCAGGGCGCCGUGAAGCAGGUGGUGGAGGCGCGUGGCCGCCGCAAGGACCACCUCUGGGCCUGCUCCCGGGAGCCCCUCCUGCAGCCGCUGCUGCUCAGCGUCAUCGGAGAUCACGUGGCCAAGGACGCGUGCAACGCCUUCAUCGAUAUCCCUCGGCCCCGCGGAGACUCGGCCCCCCCCCUACGCUACAUGGGGGACUUCCCGAUGCGGCAGGCGACCUCCGACCCGGGCACCGACCUCACCGACCAGGUGUUCAGGCCGGCGCUGAAGAACGCCUGCCUGCAGGACGAGCUCUACUGCCAGAUCCUCAAGCAGCUCACCGACAACAGACAGGGGUAUAGCGAGGAGAAGGGCUGGGAGCUGCUGUGGUUGUGCCUCGGUCUCUUCCCGCCGGGAGCGGCGCUGGCUCCGCACGUCCAGGAAUUCCUCCAGUCGCGGCAGCGCACGGCCCACGUCGCCCGUCUCAACCGCAGCCUGCAGAACAGCGGGUCGCCUGCACACACACACACACACCUGCACACACAUGCCCCGGUGUGCUGUGGAAGUGGUCAUCGGGGCACAAGGGAAUGCCGACUCAGAUUCUCACCCACCGGGGCUCGUGUUCACUUGUGUUCAUGCUCGUGUUCACCUGUGUGGGAGCUCGUGUUCACCGGUUUGUGUUCACCUGUGUGCGGGCUCAUGCUCACCUGUGUGAGGGCUCGUGUUCACCUGUGUGGGAACUCAUGCUCACCUGUGUUCACAUGUUCACCUGUGUGGGAGCUCGUGUUCACCGGUAUGUGUUCACCUGUGUGCGGGCUCGUGUUCACCUGUGUGUGUUCACCUGUGUUCACCUGUGUGGGGGGCAGGUUUCCCGUGCGCAGGUACCCGCCGCACCUGCGCGAGGUGAAGGCAGCACAGCACAAGUCGCGCAAGCUGCACCAUCCCGUCUCCUUCCCCGACCAGUCGGAACAGGCGUUCGAGGUGGACGCGGGCACGCGAGUGCGCGCGCUCUGCCAGGCCAUCACCAAGAAGCUGCAGCUCAAGUCCCAGGAGGGGUUCAGCCUCUUCAUCAAGAUCAUGGACAAGGUGGUGAGCAUGCCAGACGGAGACUACUUCUUUGACUUCGCCAGGCAAAUGGAGGAGUGGAGCAACAGCGGGAGGGUGGCACGGGAAGGCCAGGCAGCCGCCCCCAUGCCGGAGUAUCAGGUGCACUUCCUGCGCAAGCUUUGGGUCAACGUGAUCCCGGGGAAGGACCCAACCGCGGACAACAUGUUCCACUACCCGCAGGAGCUGCCCAAGUUCCUGCGCGGCUUCCACAAGGUGUCGCGCGAAGACGCAGUGCAGUUGGCGGCGCUGGUGUUCCGUGCCCGCCACGGCGAUGACCGCGCGCCCAUCUCCGGCGUCGGGCGCGGCCUCAAAGAGCUGCUGCCCCACGACCUCCUGCCCGACGCCUCCGCCGACGCGUGGAAGAAGUUGAUCGUCGCAGCCAUCGGCAAGAACGCCGGCAAGACGCACGAUGAAGCCAAGCUGGCGUUCCUCAAGAUCAUCAGCAGGUGGCCUACGUUCGGAACGACCUUCUUUGACGUCAAGCAAAUCUCCGAGCCCACCUACCCCGACAUCCUGCGGAUCGCCAUCAACAAGCACGGGCUGAGCCUCAUCAACCCCAAGACCAAGGACGUGCUAGCUCAGCACAGCUUCACCAAGAUCUUCAACUGGAGCAGCGGGAGCACCUACUUCCACAUCACCAUCGGCAGCGCCGUGAGCGGUACCAAGCUGCUGUGUGAGACGUUCCUGGGCUACAAGGUGGACGACCUCCUGACCUCGUACAUCAACCUCCUCAUGAGCAAGCAGCAAGGGGAUACGAGGUCGGCCGGGAAUUACCGAUAACCGCCGGGGGCACGGCCGCGCGACGUGGAGCGGCGUCGACGGA